AUGCAUUCUCUCAAGGUCCUUUCGACCCUAGCCUCGGUCCUGCUCCCUCUCAUAGCACGAGCCGCGACCCCCAACCCACCCGGACUCACAUAUCUUUUCACCGCCAACGCGUCCCUGGCCCAAUCCAUCGACAUGGGAGUCGGCCCAUACGGCGAGCGUGUGGCGAUCCCCAUCAUCGGAGGCACAUUCUCAGGGCCGCGGGUAAACGGCACGAUCCUCAACCUGGGCGCGGACUGGGGCUGGACGGACACGCACGACCCCAACGAGCCGGGCCGGACGACGUUCCACCCGGACACGCGGUACCAGCUGCGCACGGCGGACGGGGCCAACAUCUUCGUGCAGACCGAGGGCCCCGCGCAGGCCGACGGCACCAUCCACCUGCGCGAGAAGUUCGAGACGGGCAGCCCGGCCUACUACUGGCUCAACAACGUCGUCGCCGUCGGCGUCCUGCGGUCCGGGGACGGCUAUGUGGUCAUUGAUACCUGGCAGGUGAGUGCUGAUCUGGACCCCUCCACCCUGUUUGCCUCUUGCUUUCUGGGCGCCGAGCAGACUAUGGUGCAAGACGUGCAUCAGGAGCAGUAUCAACGGAUUUAG